CUGACAGUAAAAAUAUAUAAUGGGAAGUUAGCGCGUGGAAUGUUAAUCUGCGGAGAAUUGAUUGACUGUUGAAGUAAUUGUGGAAGGUUACUGGUUUCUAUACUGUGCAGGUGGAGAUAUUGGCUGUGGCUUUUUAGUGGUUUAACGCUUUGCUUACAGAAAGAAGCUACUAAAUGUUGACGAGCAAAAUGAAGUUUCGUAUUUCUUGUGCCUUUCUUCUGCUUCUUGGCAGUGUGUUAAGUGCAGAUGAUGACAAAAGGGAGGAUGUAGGCACUGUCGUCGGAAUAGACUUGGGGACGACCUAUUCGUGUGUUGGAGUAUUCAAAAAUGGCCGUGUGGAAAUAAUUGCAAAUGAUCAAGGAAACCGCAUUACUCCAUCUUAUGUAGCAUUCACUCCUGAAGGUGAACGCCUUAUUGGUGAUGCUGCCAAAAACCAGCUGACCUCUAAUCCAGAGAAUACAAUUUUUGAUGCAAAGCGUCUUAUAGGCAGAAACUGGAAUGACCCUGCAGUGCAGCAUGAUCUCAAAUAUUUUCCUUUCAAGGUUGUUGAAAAGAAAAGCAAGCCUCAUGUGCAAGUGGAUGUUGGAGGACAUAUGAAGACUUUUGCACCAGAGGAAAUUUCUGCAAUGGUGCUGACAAAGAUGAAGGAAACUGCAGAGGCUUAUUUAGGCAGAAAGGUUACACAUGCUGUUGUUACUGUGCCAGCCUAUUUCAACGAUGCUCAGCGUCAAGCUACAAAAGAUGCUGGUACCAUUGCUGGCUUGAAUGUAAUGAGAAUUAUCAAUGAACCGACUGCUGCUGCUAUUGCUUAUGGUUUGGAUAAAAAGGAAGGAGAGAAGAAUAUUCUUGUGUUUGAUCUGGGUGGUGGCACUUUUGACGUAUCUCUCUUAACAAUUGACAAUGGUGUCUUUGAAGUGGUAGCUACCAAUGGCGACACUCACUUGGGAGGUGAGGAUUUUGAUCAGAGAGUUAUGGAGCACUUCAUUAAGCUGUACAAGAAGAAGACUGGGAAAGAUGUCCGUAAAGACAACAGAGCAGUGCAGAAGCUUAGACGAGAAGUUGAAAAAGCAAAGCGUGCCUUGUCUUCUCAGCACCAAGCUAGAAUUGAAAUAGAAUCUUUCUUUGAGGGAGAAGAUUUUUCUGAAACGCUCACUCGUGCAAAGUUUGAAGAAUUAAACAUGGAUCUCUUCAGAUCAACCAUGAAGCCUGUCCAGAAGGUUUUGGAAGAUUCUGACCUAAAGAAGUCUGACAUAAAUGAGAUUGUGCUUGUCGGUGGUUCUACUCGUAUUCCAAAGAUUCAGCAGCUUGUGAAAGAAUUCUUCAACGGUAAAGAACCAUCCCGAGGCAUCAACCCUGAUGAGGCUGUAGCUUAUGGUGCAGCUGUGCAAGCUGGAGUACUGUCUGGCGAUGAAGAUAUCUCUGAUGUAGUUUUGCUUGAUGUCUGUCCGUUGACACUGGGUAUUGAAACAGUUGGUGGUGUUAUGACCAAACUAAUUCCAAGAAACACUGUGGUCCCUACAAAGAAGUCUCAGAUUUUCUCUACAGCAUCUGAUAACCAGCCUACAGUAACAAUUAAAGUUUAUGAAGGUGAACGCCCUCUUACCAAAGAUAACCACUUAUUGGGUACAUUUGAUCUUACCGGAAUUCCUCCGGCUCCACGGGGUGUUCCUCAAAUAGAAGUUACAUUUGAAAUAGAUGUGAAUGGGAUACUGAGAGUGACUGCUGAAGACAAGGGUACUGGUAAUAAAAAUAAGAUUACGAUUACUAAUGACCAGAAUCGCUUAACACCUGAAGAAAUAGAUAGAAUGGUAAAUGAUGCAGAAAAGUUUGCAGAAGAAGAUAGGAAACUGAAAGAGCGCAUUGAUGCUAGAAAUGAACUGGAAAGCUAUGCAUAUUCCCUUAAAAAUCAAAUUGGAGAUAAAGAGAAACUUGGAGGUAAACUAUCAUCUGAUGACAAGGACACAAUUGAAAAGGCUGUUGAAGAAAAGAUAGAGUGGUUAGAAAGCCACCAAGAAGCAGAUACUGAAGAGUUCAAAGCAAAGAAAAAGGAACUAGAAGAGAUUGUUCAGCCAAUUGUUAGUAAGCUUUACGGUGGUGCAGGUGGAGCACCGCCAGAAGGUGAAGACACCGAAAAAGAUGAAUUGUAAAAUUCUUGGACUUGAGUGUAAAUAGUGGACUUUCAAACUUUGCAGAAGAAUAUAUUGAAUGGGGAACUGUAAUUUUGGAAUGAAUGUGCAUUUGAAAUCUUCACUCUGCAGUGGAGCAACAACUUGCUGCUGUUAAUUGGCAGUUACUAAGAACUUAUUUUUGUGGGUGGGAUCUCAUUUUGGGGUGGUGUUUCCUUUAUGGAAAGGGCACUGGAUAUUUUUUCCUCGGGAGCAACUUAAGUUAUUUGUAUUCGGUUAUGUAGAUUUUUUUUAUUUUUUUUUUUUUUUAUUAACCUUUAAUAAAUAUGUUUAUUUGUGAA